AUGUUCGCGCCUUUGCAACAUUCCUUGCAAAGGCCUGCCUGGAUGCACGAAGGCAACUCGUUGCGAAGGUGCCUGGAAUCUGAUUCACAUCAACGCCGACCUCGCCAUUUCUGCUUCGCAGGUUCACUGCUGUGCCUCCAUGCAGUCCAAAGACGAUUGCGCGGAGAUGCACGGAGGUUGCCACGCUUUGCUGCUCGGCCAGACCUGCUUCAGGCAUUGCAGAGGAAGAGGUUGAAGCAGGACACGUGCGAGGAAGUGGCCGCCGGGUGGCUGGCGGUCAAGUCCUGCAAGGGCGCGUCCUCAAGAGAAGAGGUGGAGGCAGCAGAUGCAUUGAGUGAGCUGGACGACGAGCACUUGGUCGCUGUGCUUGGGAAGGUCACUCGACGGCCAGUUGACAAAGAUGCGACUGGCACGGCCUGGGCGCUGCGCAAGGCCGACGACCGAGCCUAUUUUACGUACCUGGCGAAGCAUCCGGAGGUGUAUGCGGAGCAGCUUCAGCAACGAAAUCGGUGGCGAGAAGGGCUCCCACAGGUUCUCAUGGUUGCGGAAAAGCCAUCAGUGGCGCGAUUGGUCGCGGAAUUCCUGUGCCCCCAGACCGAACGACUGCGGGAGAGAAGGGGCUUGUCUCCGGCGUGCCCGGUGCUGGAGUUUGCUGCUGUCUUUCCGCCUACCGGCCAGCGCAGCGUGAUCUGCGUGACCUCGGUGAUUGGCCACAUUUUUCAGCUCGAGUUUGAUGAUCGCCUUCCAAAGCAGUUGGCGGGUAUCUACGAGGCUCCGGUUGUGAAGACUUUCACUGACAGCGCACGCAAAGCCCGAGUGGCAGAGCACUUACAGGAGCUCGCCGAAGCAUCGUCGCACCUCUGCCUGUGGUUGGAUGCAGAUCGCGAAGGAGAAAACAUCGGUUUCGAGGUCAUUGCCGUCUGCAGAGACAGGUUUCCGGACAACUCGAACGUCCAUCGGGCCAUCUUCUCUGCUCUUACGCGAGAAGAGGUCGCAGCAUCGUUCAAUCAACUGGGCCGCCCUAAUAUGGCGGUGGCACAAGGCGUUGAUGCUCGGCAGGAAUUGGAUUUGCGCAUCGGCAUCUCCUUCAGCAGGCUGCUGACUCGUCAACUCACCAACACGCUUCUUGGCAGUGUCAAAAUAGGCGCCAGCAGAUCAAUCACUUACGGGCCUUGCCAGACGCCUGCGCUAGGUUUCUGUGCUCAAAGGCAGCGGGAAAUCGAGAGCUUCCAGCCGCAAAAGCGCUGGACCCCGGAGGUGGAGCUACGGCAUGCUGGAAGCUCGCUGACGUUCGCCUGGAAGCAUGGCCAGCUGGAUGAUGAAAAGCAGGCCAUGGCCCUGGAAGAAGCGCUUCUAUCCAGGCCAGUGGCGAAGCUGGGCUCCAGCUCCAGCAUCCCCGAGGUGCUCCACCGGCCAACAGGCUUGAACACUGUGCAGCUGCUUCGAUCUGCCAGCAACGCGCUGGGCCUUGGCCCAAAGCAGGCCAUGAAAGUCGCAGAGGACCUGUACUCCGCCGGCAUCAUCUCCUACCCUCGAACAGAGACUACGCGCUACCACGAGACGUUUGAUGCAGAGGCAUCGCUCCGCCCCUUGAGCCGCCACCCAACCUUCGGACGAGCAGCGAAAAGCGCCCUGGGUGCGUGGCGGUCGCUGGCUGGCAAGGCGCAGAGCUACCGGGCGCGGGACGUCGGGGACCAUCCUCCAAUCGUGCCGCUGAGGGUGGCAGGACCGGACGAGCUCAGAUCCGCUGCAAGGCGCCUUUACGACUUUGUUUGUCGACAUUUCUUGGCCUCGUGGCUCGGUGACGUGAAACUGGAGAGAAGAGAGGCAUGUUUCGGCAUUGGCGAGUUUGACUUCGAAGUCGUGCUGAGAAGGCUGCCCAGAGAGCGUGGCUGGCUUCAAGUCAUGCCAUGGCGCAUCGACGAACUUCGUCUGGAGGACAGCACAAAGCGACUGGACUGCCUUGACCAGCUCGUCGCCCAGGGCACGGCAACGAUCAGCAACUGGACGUUGGGACAGUCCUGGACAGAAGCCCCAUUACCGUUGACGGAGGCGGAGCUGGUGGACCUGAUGGACAGGAAUGGGAUUGGCACAGAUGCGUCGAUUCCACAGCACAUCCAGACAAUCCAGGAUCGCGGCUACGUGCAACUCUGUGAUGGCAGUGGCGCACCCAUUGAGACAGCGAAGGCUGGGGCCUUCGGACGGAAGCGAGGACGGCCGAGCCAAAGACCAAAAGCACCGGGGAGGUACCUUGUCCCCACGGAGCGAGGAAUGGCACUUGUCCGCGGCCUCAGCCACCUUGAUGCUUCGCUGUGUGAGCCCGAGGUUCGUGCGCUGAUCGAGCGCGAGUGCGCCAUGGUGGCCCGCGCGGAGCUGCAGCAGGACGAGGUGCUGAAGCGCAACAUCGAGCUGUUCCAGGGCAAGUUCAAGCACGUGGAGCGUAGCGUAGCUUCGGACUUUCUUCCAGAAAGCGCCUGGAGGCCACCAGCUUUCGCUCAGGCGCGGCGCCUGGAGAAGGAGCGCGAGAUGGAGGAAAAGCGUCGGCAGGAGGAAGAGGAGGAGCGAAGACGCCAGAUCGAGGACGCGACGCGGGGCGAUCGCACCGUCAUGAUUGUAUGCUUACAUCACAAGGCUGACGAGCGUGAUGUCUAUGAGUUCUUCUCGAAGAAUGCUGGCAAGGUGCGAGAUGUGCAGAUCAUCCGUGAUGCACGUACAGGCCGAUCCAAGGGCCUCGCUUACGUGGAGUUCUACCUGCAGGAAGCCACGCUGAAAGCCCUGGCGCUCAGCGGGCAGCCGAUCAAGGGUCAGGCAGUUCGUGUGCAGCCAUCCCAGGCGGAGAAGAACCGAGCGGCCCAGGCUGCCAAGGCCUCGAUUCACUACACGGCGCCGCGCGAGACCCCGCUCCGCCUGUACGUGGGCGGCCUCACUGACUCUUUGGCGAAUAUUUCCGAGGAGGAGCUUAAGAAGCUGUUCUCGCCGUUUGGUGAGAUUGAGUUCAUUGAUCUGCACAGGGAUCCUUACACGAACAAGUGCAAGGGCUUCGCGUUCGUGCAGUUCAAGAACGCUUCAGAGGCGCGCGAGGCGAUGACGGCCAUGAACGGCUUCCAGCUGGCAGGCAAGGAGCUGAAGGUGGGUAUUGCAACGAGCGACAUGCAGCUUGGUGAGGCUGGUGGCGCGAACAAUCUGGCAAUCGGUGGUGAGAAUCUUCACGAGGAUGCCAGUGCGAUGGGCCCGAACGCCAGCCAGCCCGGCAUGCUGAAGGAUGCAAACGACCGGCUGGCGCUCAUGCAGAAGCUGCAGCGCGAUACUAUUCCAGGCUACAGUGGGCCCGGCGUGCCAUCGAACAUUAUUGUGCUGCACGGCAUGUUCAACCCGUCGCAAGUCAACUUGGCGGCCGAUCCAGAAUUCUUCAACGAUAUCCAUGCAGAUGUUGAGCAGGAGUGCCGAAAGUAUGGCUCUGUCGUGAAGGUUUUUGCCGACCAGGGCAGCAGCAAGGGCGAUGUCUGGGUCAAGUUCACCGACGCAACCUCCGCCUCGAACUGCCAGCGUGCACUCGACAGGCGUUGGUUCGCUGGGCAGCAGAUCAUCGCGGAAUUCAGCACCGAAGCUGCCUGGGCAGGCGUUGUGCGGUGA